AACAUUGAAAGUGUCAUGGCGACGAUGUGUGCAUAUUGUGGCUGUACUGAUUCUUUUCGAUUUCAUUUUAUUUUCCUCGGCGCUAGGUAGGCGGGCUGUUCGUAACAGAAGUGGUGAAGUCAUUUCUAGUGUUAUAUUUGUGAUUUUUACGUUGUUUUAGACGUGUUACAAGAAUGUUUCGCACCAUUAUUCUCUUGGGAAUUGUUCUCUCUACAGGAUUUACAAAUGACAUGGAAAUGAUCAGUGGUUUGGGUACCUCUAUCAAAGCAACCAAGUCGCCGAGUUUUGGUACUUGUUGGACGAAUUCCAUGCGGAGUUUUCAGACCAGGUGUGAUAAGUUGAACAUGGAAUCUCAGAAAUAUUUGGCUUUGAGGUUCGCCGAUUGUUUUUUGGUGAUGUCUGGUGAAGAGGCAUAUGGAUGUGAUAAAUUAAUUGAGGAAGAGAGAAAUGUGUGUAUUAAAAAUAUGUCCACCCGGGAUUACAACACGUUCACCGAUUUCUUCACGCACGUAGAUAGUCUUUGUCGUUUUCUUGAGAUUCAAAUUUGGCAAGAAGACACUGAAACUAACUUUAGAAGCCUCUUGGCAAGCACGACGAAGGCAAAGAAGAUGAUCGUGGAAGCACUGCAAAAGCAAAAGAUUUCCUUGCAACUGCAGAAGAUGAGCAUCUCGGAACAAAUGCAGAUGGUGAAGACGACUAGCCGUUUGGACGAGCGUUUGAUAGAACUGCAGUCAAAAACCAAGCAAACAGUGGACAACUUUUCUAAGUCGACGUCGGGCAGCUACGGAAUCCUCGUAGAAACCUUUGCCGGGCUGACUGCCUUGCAGCAAUGGCUCGUCCACAAAACGACGUGGCUGGAAAUGGCGAUAUUUUAUAUUUGUGGUACCGUGGUGAUACUGCUUCUGACUGUCUUGCCGGAGCUCGAAGAAGCCAAAUGGGUCCUGUUGUCAUUGCAUUUGGCUGCUGUGUGCGUGGAGUGUGGUUUGUGGUCGGUGUCGCUGCAUGUAAAUGUGGGGUUCGUGAGGAGUUCCCUGGUGUACGUCUGUGCUGGUCUUUUGUGCUUAACAGCGUACCACUACACAACUACAGAAACUUCUAAACACAGACUAAUGCUAGAUGUAGAAAGGAAUAUUGACCAUCUUGAGAAGAUAAUGACUGGCACGAGAGUAGUUAAGAAAAAUGCAUGCUUGGUUCAGAAUUCAAGAGUUGCAUCUUCAAAUGACAGGUUGUCCGUGACGCCAAACAGAACUGGAUCGUGUUCAGUGAACGACGGUGACGACAGCUGGCGGUCGGUGUCUCCCGACAGAACGCCUGCCGUGUGGCAGAGGAACGGCAGCCGUGCCGCCACGCCACGCACGGACACCGGUCACGAUGCCUGCCACGCGGCACAACUGUGGAGCACAGCUCACAGAAGUGAAGUUGGGACCUAAUCAUUCCAUUUUGGUUCAAGUUUGAGAUUUUGUAUCUCUCACGGCCUAAGAACAUGCCAUAUGAUGAUCGCAUCAUAGCCAAUUGUGCUUCCAUCUCUGUUUUCCUUCAGAAAGUUUCACAGUUUUUUUUUUGUUUCAUAUCGCUUUUACUUUGUUGCUUAGCAUUCUGUGUUUGAGGUCUUCUAUCCUACAUAUGACAUUAUUUUUAAAACUCGCCAUAUGACAGUAGCAAGGGAAAUGGUUGGUUAAUGAGUAAACUAUAUGGUACAAGAAAAACAUAUUAAUUACUUAUAUUUUUGCAAAAUGAAAAUAUUCUUAAAAUGCAUAACCAGAAAAACUUAAAAUUAGAUAUUCUUAAUAGUUCCUUUAAAAAUAGUCUUUAACUGUGCGCAAUAUAUUAUUGCCAUCACAUACCGGUUGGGGCAAAAGUUAUAAAUCUCUUUUAGUUUUUGACGUGAUAACAUCUUAUAAAUCGAUGAACGCCGGCUGCACACACAAAAAAUUGUCACAUUCCGCCUGAGCCGAGCGUGCAACCGGCCAACCACCCUGCGAGAGAAUCUUCUAUAAUAUCAAACAGGUUAAGGCGAGCUUUUUAACUAGUUGUUUGUGAUUAUAUUUAAACAAAUUAUUUAAAUUAAAUUUGCAAAAACUGUAAUUAAUAUUUGAAAAUUAAAAAGUAUGCAAUUUUUCA